AACUGAAAAAUGCUGAUUAGAAAUGUGACACGAAUUGAAAAUUCUCCAUGGUUAUUGCAAAAAUUAACAUACAGUGUGGCAAAAGUGGUGUUUGAUUAAUAACACUGAAGGUUGAUUGAGGUCAAACUCAUUUGAACCCCUUUUUUUUAAUUAAAAAACAACAGGAAAUUAGUAAAUUACUUGCCUUUUACGAAAACAGGUAUCUAAAUGCGAUGUUUUAUUAUCUAAUCGCAAUUUACUGCGAGCCUUGAACAAAUAAAAAACAAAUAAAUUAUAACAAAAUUUUAAUUUUCGAAACGAAAAGUCAAUUAAGUAAUGGUUUUAUUGAGAUUUUGACAGUCAUGCUUGUUUUACAGUUAUCUUUUAAUCACGUCCUUGGGUGUGACCUUCGCCCCUUUAACUGCUCCCCCAAUUUCUAACCUCACUUUUUGUCAUGUGUCAACCUAACCUCAAAUUUAUCACGAUGUUUUAUUUUUUACUGAUUUCGCUAAAAUAUCGCUGAUAAUUCAUUAAAUUCACAAUUUGACUAAUAAAAAUUGCGUUUAUUGAUACACAACUUUGAAAGUGGUGUUUUCGGUGUAAAAAUGUGAAUUUUUAUGUUAGAGUCAAGGUGAAGUUGCGAGAAGACAGGUUUUAUAGGAAAAAACGAUGGAUUUGUGGAAUGCAAAAAAUUUGAAACCCCCACCCAUCAUUAGUUGCAAAAUCAGCAUCAAGGAAAUAGAUAUUCGCCUGUUGAAAAUCACACUAACCGACGCCGUGGAGUUCUUCGAGAGCCAGCAGCACCUCAGCGUGGAGGCAGCCCUCCUCUCGCGCACCGUCUACCGCCUCAAAAUGAAAUUUCGCUCCUCAAAAGACUUCAAAGCCGUCGAGAAACUAAGCCGUGUUUUGCGCACUUAUCUCCAAAUGCAGUUCGCCACGACCCUCAAAUACGUCCUUGACACGAUCCCCCCGAACUACAAAGUCCUUAAGACGUUUUUCCUGACCAAAAACAUGAUCGAUUUCCUCCUCGUCCGAAUCCAGGGCUUGGGGAAGACUCUGUGUCGCGUUUUGGACACUUGCAAGGUGGUUUCGGAGCUGACCUUGCAGAGGUUUCGCUUGGGGCACUUUUGGAAAAUCGCCGCGAUCAUUUAUGCAAUCACAGCGCGGAUUUUCGUCAUCACUCGAGGCAUUUUUCGGUUUGUUUGCGAGCUGUAUGGGACUUUGUUGCCGUUUUCGGGGACUUUGAACAACACGGGGACGGUGUGGUUGCCCGAGGGGUACGUUUUCCCCCCCAAAUUGGAGGAGUGGCUGGGGGCGGAGUGGCUCAAUUUGGAGGAAAACGUGAUUGAGAUUCCUGAUGAUGAGCCAAGCGCCGCCUUCUUCAAGUUAAUGGACGAUUCUGAGGAUGAGGUGGAGUUUUGCGACGAGUAUAUUGUCGUAAAUGACGAACCCUCAAUUGAGGAAAUCAGAGAUUCCGAUGUGGAGGUGUGUGGGGAGGAGGAUGAGGUUGAUGUGGGGGAAUUGGUCAUUGUUUGUGAAAAUAAAGAAAAGGCAAAGAGUUGGGACAGUAAUGAGGAAGUUGAUGUCGGGGAUCUUGUGAUAGUUUGCAACAAUUCGGAAAAUUGCAAGAAAAACGAGAAAAGGAGUGUGAAACGCAAGGGAAGCUCAAGUAGUUUAAUUGUAAUCAAUGACAGCGAGUCAGAGAUCGCAAAUCAGAAUGAACCCAAACGCAAGAAGCGGAAACGCAACCGCAAGAGGCAAAUGAAUGCCUAAAUUACCAAAUGUGUAUUUUUCACAAAUAAAAUUCAUUUUUGUUAA